AUGAAAAGAGACUGGAGCGAGCUCAAUUUUUGGCAGCGGUUUAUCCCAUUGCACCGUGGCAAGAUGGCGGACAAGAUGGAGGAGUUUGUCGUUGCAGGGGAAAAAUAUGGAUCGGGAAAUCUGGAGAGGAAAUAUAGGUUCUCUACGGAAAAUGGAAACUUAGAAAGGAUAGGAAGGAAGAGGGAAACUGUAGCUACUUCUGUAAAGCAAUUCUUUAAGGUAACUUUCCUUGGCAUGCAUCAGUGCUCACUGUACCAAUUUCCAGCUUUGAAAUAGGGCCACUUCCCCACCCCCCCUUCUCUUCUGAUUUUGAGAGUACUCAUUCACCCAAUUAGUUGAAUCUUUCUCUCUCAAGACUGUUAGUUGGAGUGCACAUGUUGCCCAAAGAGCCGAGUUGUUGAAAGGAUUAUAGGUGAAAAUCCAGGUUCACUUACCAUGACAGGCGGGUGGGGAUACUUUAGGAAUUUAGGGGGUGAGGGUGCGUCGUUGGGACCCUAGAUCCCUUAGCCUAUACCAGAUCUAGUUCAGCUGAAUUUUGCUACCCGCUGCUAGACCUAUAUUCCAUACAGGGGUGACAUAUUGCAUCUUUUGCAGUCUGCUUUCCUUCCACAAGGCUACCCCGAGAGUGUCAGCAAAGACUACUUAGAAUAUCAAGUAUGGGACACUAUUCAGGUAAGUUACAGUAUGAAUAGGGUCCUCAGUAGCCUUUUAGGGAUCCUGGAUUUGCCCUAUUUGAAAGUGAGGUUUGGAUUUUAAAGCAAAAAUGGGGGUAAGAUUUUCCUUAUGAAACUAUGCGUGGCAUGUGGGAUGCUGAAAAGAGCAAUCAGGAUUAUGGGAUUGAGCAAAAAUUUGAGUCACGAUGACGGAUUGAAGAACCCCAUUGGGGACCCAGUAUGAUCGAGCAGUUGCCUGCCAAGUGCAGACAGUAACCAUGACAACCCUAUCCAUAACAGGAUUACCCCGCCCCCCUCCUCCCCAGCAGUAUGUUGCACCUUAAGGCGGAGCUGAGAGAGACAAAAAGGAACAAUCUAAGGUGUUAACUAGCUGGCAGUGCUUGAACCAAGACCUUGAGAUCUGAAAUUCAAUUUUAUAACCAUUAGAUUGCCAUAAUUGUUGUGACCACUAGCAAAAUAAAUACUAAAUUAAUAAAUAAAAUAAUAAAUAAAUAAUGAUUUGGAGGUAGCACAUCCACAAAGUGGUUCUUCAUCUACCUGAUUCCUGGUCGAAUUGAAAUUUGGAAAUGUUGGUUUUUGGGGAGAGGGGAAAACUGGAGUACCCAGAGAAAAACCUCUCGGAGCAAAGGAGAGAACCAACAACUCAACCCACAUAUUUUGGGAUUUGAACCCAGGCCACAUUGGUGGGAGGCGAGUGCUCUCACCGCUGCGCCAUCCCGUGCUCCCCUUGCAAAAAUAGUUAUCAUAUAUUUAUAUGAGGAGAGAUAGACAGGGAGAAAAGAGCUUUAUACAUUGUGUAGCAAGUAUAGCAAAAUGGCUGACAUUAUAAGGAAAGCUGUAGCUGCAAUUCCAAAUGACUAAAGCAGAAAAAUGUGAAACUGCAGACCAUAAAUGUCUUGAGUUUAAAUAUGCUAAAUGGCAUGUAGCCACAAGUGUAUCCACCCACCCCUCCUGCCUUCUUAUCACUAGGCACCCUCCCAUGAUUACUGUCCAUUGAUCAGCAUUAAAUGAAGGUAGUCAUUGUUAUCUAUCACUCUAUCCAGGCAUUCUGUUCGUCAAUAACUGGAACCCUUGCAACCCAGGCCAUGUUGAAAGGGUAUGGUGUUGGAGAUGAGAAAGCCACUGCCCUGGCAGCAACUAUGACAUGGAUCCUGAGAAGUGAGUUUUUAUCAGCUAUUGCAACAACACUUUGCGAAGAAUUGCUAGCAAACAACUGAGUAUAUAAGUCACGAGUCGCCCCUGCUAGAGGCAUUGGGCCACCCCUAGUAUAGCUGGGGAAACUGCUGACCAGCAUUUCUUCGAGGUUAACUUUGCCUAAAUUACAUGUAGCCACAUUUAGAAAGUGAGAUUUUAGAAACUUAGUUCAUUACAUAUGAUAUAAUGUCUUACUUAGUAUUGAGGUGCUGGUGACCAAUAAAAGUCUUAAUGAAAUUCAGCUUUAAAAUUAAUAUAUAAAAUACCAACAGUAUUCAUAAACUUCCAACCUAUUACUUGCACAAAAAGUAUUUUAAAAUUAGUUUCCUUUGCCUUAUGAAUGUAUUGUUUUGUUUUAUAUUUAGGUGGCACUGGUAUGGUAGGAAGUAUUAUUUUUGCUUGGCUACAAGGGUAUGAACUUUUCCUAAGGUGUAGUUAAAUUGCUCUUUGUCAGAUAGUGUCAAAGGAAUAGGUCAAAUGCAAGGUGUGUGUAUUGUAAAGUCUCUGGGUGCAAUAAAUUAAGGUGCUGUUCAAGAGCCUGGAGCUAAAUGAGCUACCGGCCAUUGGACUAGUAUGUUUUAUUGCAAUUUUCCCAAUGGAGAAUUAACGCUUAAUUAAUUUGUACCUUUCCUAAAGUCAUAAAAAUAUGGGCUCCAUUUCUUCAGUUCAUCUUUUUUUGUGGGCCACAGAUAAAGUGUUACAUUGACUUUUCCCUCUGAAAUUAUUAAAAUAUGCAACACUCAGUUAAAAUGUUUAUCGCUAAUACAAGAGAAUCUAGUAAACUAUAUACAGCCUUUAAAUUUGCCUUUAAAUUUAUAAAACCUUGACACUAGCUCACUUUUUCCUCAGGAGCAAUUUAGAUUGCAAUGCAAAGAAGUGGAGGUAA